AUGACGAAUUCGCCAAUCUUCAAUCACAAAAACUCUCGUAAGAAUGUGAGGAACAACAACAACAGAAAUAUCCAAUUCAAAUUGAUAGUUCUGCUUAUAGUUCUUCUUCUUCUUCUUGCCCACUUCUUCGUUGUCGUUCUUGCUCAAUACCCUGUCAUAGACACUACCCAAGAACGCCUCUCCAUCUCUGCAAUGUUCAUCAUGGGAGAUUCCUCUGUUCGUUGUGGUGAAAACUCUUUCUUCUCCAGUCUCUUCGGUCAAGAUUCUAUUCUCUUCCCCUGUAAUGGCUCUCAACCAAUCCUCAUUCCUCAAUUGCUUGCUGAGAAGAUGGGUUUGCCCCAAAUUUCCCAAUUUUACAGCCAAAAUGGAACAGUUGAUGGUCUCAUCGCAGGUUUGAAUUUUGGUUCUUCUCCGGCGACGAUCUUGACCCAAUUGGACUUUCAUCCACUGAAUCAGCAGUUGCGACAAGCUCUUGAUACGAUUCAAUUGUUAAAGCUGCAACUGGGUAUAGAAGAAGUUCAAGAAUUCAUAAAAUCGUCUCUGUUCUAUCUUUCCGUUGGCAAAGACGACUACAUCAACCUCUUCUCCAGCAAUUUUCCUGAAGUAAUUCUGAGGUUUGGAUCAACAGGGUUCGCUCAGAUUCUGGUGGAUCAAAUCGACCACGUUGUGAAGGAUCUUUACAAUGCAGAUGUGAGGAAGAUAAUCUGUAUGGGUAUUGGGCCUUUGGGUUGCAGCCCACGGAUCCUGUAUGAGUCUCAUGGGUAUCGGGUCGGGUCUGCCGGGUAUGGACAUUGUGUGGAUGAGAUCAACGAGCACAUUGUCGAGUACAACCAUGUACUCUCCCAGAGGCUUUCUGAGCUCAGCUUGGAGUUGCCGGACGCAGAAAUCGUAUACUGUGAUGUAUACAGAGGGAUGAUGGAGAUUAUAACCCAUCCAGGUCGAUACGGGUUCGAGGAAGUGAGGUUGGCUUGCUGUGGUGAUGGAAGAUACGGUGGUAGAAUUGGGUGUCUUUCAGAAGAAAUGGUUUGUCAUGAGCCUUCAACUCAUGUGUGGUGGGACUUCUAUGAUCCUACAAAGGCAGUCAACAUCUUGCUAGUUGACUCUAUGUGGUCAAACCAUUCUCUGGGUGAUCUUUGCAGUCCAAUCACAGUCCAACAACUGGCAUCCAUGUAAAGCAAAAAGAGUGCCACCUCAGACAAUUGACAUUCUUUUUCCCUUUUAGUUUUAGGGAAUGAUUUCAGUUUGCAA